AUGGGGGUUGGCGUAUGGAAGCAGCCGCAAAGAAUCAUCAACUCCACAAAGCACCUAGAGACUAGAGUGAUGGGAUGGCAGGAGACGCGUGCGGAAGGGGAUUUCUGGGAGUGGGGGUCAAGCGAUGAUGAGAGGGUACUCAACCAUGCCGCUGAUUCGAUUGACGGCAGGCGGCAACGGGCUGCUGAUUCCAUCGCGAAGCCGCGGCAGUACGGGAGACGGCAACUACUCCGCCGUGGGGAGCUGUCUGCGGCGCGAAUAACUAAAACCCCUUUUCACAAAGCGACAAAAAGUAAAACAGUAGCAAUAAGCUGA